GUGGUGCGCUCCGUUCGCCCAAGCUCAUCAAAGUUUGAUUGUGUUUGUUUUGUCCGUGUUCGCUAAAUACCGCGUAAGUGUGUGAAUAUUUGCCUUAAGUCUCCAAUCGUGUUCUUGCGGUUUCGUUCGGGAGGGGCGUUAUUAUCUUCAGGAAAAACCAAUAAAUGAAAAACAUAAAUUAUUACAUGCAAAGAUAGGGGAAAAUAUGACAAAGCUAUUUGUUCAGGAUAGUGUUACCCAAACAUUCUCGAGUGAACGUUUCUUCGCUGAAGCGGGUCGUGCAUAAAAACCAAUUUUGCGCCGUAGAGAUUAUUCAGUAGAUUGGAGCCAAUUUUUUAAGCAUUACCAUACUCGUGCGCGUGAGAAAGACAACUCAAAAUGACUUGAACUUGAAUGUGUCGCGUGCUACUUAAUCCCGUCAUCGUGUUUGGACUCGGAAGCUUUGGACUAGAGGCCCACAUUUCAUGCAGAUCAUCAACCUGAACUUGAUUGCUUACCUGCGACUGAUAUCCUGGAACCAAAAUGACGAGAAAAAUAAAAGAAACUUUGAGACAGGACCACGGGUCUAGGCUAAAAAAAUGUCUUUUCAGACUCGUGCCUCUGUUGGAAACAUUGCAAAACUAUACCAGAUUUGACUUCAUCAGUGACAUGAUAGCUGGCACCACUGUUGGACUAACUAUGCUACCACAAAGUAUAGCUUAUGCUGCUCUGGCUGGCCUCACACCACAGUGCGGUUUGAAUUCUGCGUUUGUGGGGGUUUUCGUGUAUCUAUUCUUCGGAACCACACGGGAGGUGUUCAUUGGUCCAUCGUCCUUGAUGGCCAUCCUUACGUACGAGUACACCAAGGACCUUACCAAUGACCACGUCAUCCUGCUCACAUUCAUCUGCGGCUGUGUUGAGCUCACUAUGAGCCUCCUAAGACUAGGUUUCUUGGUGGAGCUGAUCUCUGUACCAGUGUCCAGUGGCUUUACGGCUGCAACCUCAAUCAUUAUUGUGGUUUCCCAGCUAAAAGGCCUCCUGGGCAUCAGUUACAAGGCAUCCAAUUUCCUCGACAAUUUUGUCCAGAUCACUCAAAGGCUGCCUCAAGCCCACUACGGUGACGUUUUAGUGGGUGUUACUGGUUGUGUAUCUCUAUUAUUUUUAAGGAAAUUAAAAGACUUCUCUAGUGUAAAUAAGAAGAGCAAAAUUGUAUCUAAAAUCUUUUGGUUUUUAUCGACCGGGAGAAAUGCACUGAUUGUACUGAUAUUCAGUUCAAUCGCUCAUUAUUAUAAGACGACGACGAAUAAAGUUCCUUUCACGCUUUCAAAGGGAGCAGAUGGCGGACUUCCUCGGCUGGAGCUGCCGCCCUUUGAAACUCAUAUGAACAAUAGAACCAUCCCGCUCAAAGAGAUGGUUCAGGAUUUAGGUGCGGGAGUUUUCAUAAUUCCUAUAGUAUCGGUACUGGCCAAUAUUUCCAUUGCAAAAGCAUUCGCAAAUGGUGGUAUGGUGAGGGCAACGCAGGAAAUGUUUACGCUGGGGAUUUGCAAUAUUGCCAACUCGUUGUUCCAAGCUAUGCCCUCUUGCGGUGCCUUCACUCGAAGUGCCGUUGCCAGUGCAAGUGGAAUCCGUACCUCUGUCGCCAAUCUGUACUCAGGAGCAGUGGUAAUGCUUGGACUCCACUUUUUGUCGCCUUAUUUUCAAUACAUACCGCGCUCCACACUAUCAGCAGUCCUCAUUUGCGCUUGUAUAUUCCUGAUAGAAACGGACCUGGUUCCUCUUUUAUGGAAGGAAAACAAAAUGAAUUUAUUCACCUUCCUGAUAACAAUUGCACUAAGUUUAUGCUUUGGUGUAGAGAUAGGGCUUCUUAUUGGAGUCGUUUGUGAUGCUUGCUACCUCCUUUACCUGUGGGCUCGACCUGACAUGGUGCUCGAAUUCCAAGAUACUGUCACAAAUCCGUACAUCCUGGUGAGGCCUAACAUGGGUUUCUUUUUCCCGGCUGUGAACUACGUGUAUUCGACUGUGAACAAGAUAGCAAUUACGAAAGGGCAAAGUCGAUUCCCAUUUGUAUUCGACUGUGUCAAUUUCAAGAGAGCCGACUAUACGGCUGUUAAGGGUCUCAUUCUUUUAAGCAAAGACUUCCAGAGGCGUGGUCAAGAACUUUAUUUCAUCAACGUAAACAACAGCAUAAUUUCUUUCUGCGCAACUUUGAAGUCUCCUUUGAAAUGCUUCCGCGACAGGACGGAGAUGGAAUUAACGAUUUGCGGCGCUAAAAUGGACCCUAUCAAUAAGACUGAAGUAACUGUUAUUAAUGAGGUAGCAAAUGAAAAAGGCAAUAGUGAUAAAGACGAGUUUGAAACCUUGAUGCUAAGUAAAUUAUAAGUUAUUUUAUAAAA